AGGUUCAACCACACAGUGGAAGAGAAGAGUGCCUUCUUUCCAUCUGGUCUUUCCUGAGUCUGUAACUGCAGCCCUUUGCAGUUACUGUUACAAUAACGUGCUCUCGGUUCUUCUUUCAUGAAAUCUAGAUUCUCUCAAAGGCCUGUGAUACCCAUUUUCUUGAACUAAGUCCCAUGAAUUUAUGUAAUUGGAUUUAGAAAAUCCAAGUGUUAUAUUAGCUCUAUACCAUUGUGUACUGAAAAAAGAAAUCUCCUGUUUUCCUUUUCUCUCUUUGGUGAACUUCUUCCCUUGCUUUCUAUCUGCUUAUCUUGGUAUUUCGUUUUGUAUCUAAAGCUUAGAGAAACCAUGGAGGGAAGGCGUUCUGUGCUUCUCUAUUUUAUUGGCUUUCUGGUGUGUUUCUUCAUGGGUUCCCAUGCUUUUGCUCCAAGAGGUUUUGUAGGAACCAGAGGCAACCAUUUUGUCCUCAACGGCAGGCCGUUUUAUGUGAAUGGUUUCAAUGCCUACUGGUUAAUGUACAUGGCUGCUGAUCCUUCAACGAGAGGCAAGGUGAGCUCUGUUCUGCAGCAGGCUUCCAGGUGUGGGAUGACUCUUGCUAGAACCUGGGCUUUUAGCGAUGGUGGAUACAGGCCUUUGCAGUACUCUCCUGGCGUCUACCAUGAAGAUAUGUUCAAGGGCCUGGAUUUUGUAGUCUCAGAGGCGAGAAAAUAUGGCAUCCACCUGAUCUUGAGCUUAGUGAAUAACUACAACGACUUCGGUGGAAGACGACAGUAUGUGGAAUGGGCAAGAGAGAGAGGACAACAGUUAAAUUCUGAUGACGAUUUCUACAGAAACCCAGUUGUUAAAAACUACUACAAGAACCAUAUCAAGGCCAUUCUUAACAGGGUGAACUCCUUCACUGGCGUAAGAUACAAGGACGAUCCCACUAUCUUUGCAUGGGAGCUCAUGAAUGAACCUCGAUGUCAAAGUGACCUCUCUGGCAGAACUCUCCAGGGUUGGAUUACGGAAAUGGCUGGUUACUUGAAGUCCAUCGACAACCAGCAUCUGCUAGAAGUGGGCCUGGAAGGUUUCUAUGGAGAAUCAACGCCUUCAAGGAUACAAUAUAACCCAGGUUCUUAUGUAGUUGGCGCAGAUUUCAUCACCAACAACCAAGCGCCAGGGAUUGAUUUCACCACAAUUCACGCAUAUCCUGAUCAAUGGCUGCCAGGAGGCUCAAGUGAACAAGACCAACUAUCAUUCAUUCAAAGAUGGGUUCAAUCACACAUUGAAGACUCAAACAGUGUUCUCAAAAAGCCGCUUCUCUUCGCGGAGUUCGGCAAGUCCUCGAAAAUGCCGGGAUUCACUAUAAAUAAGAGGAACACCUUGUACCAAACAGUCUACAACAACAUUUAUGCCUCGGCUAGAAGUGGCGGCGCCGGCGCCGGCGCACUGUUCUGGCAAAUGUUGGAUCAGGGGAUGGAUGGAAUGAGAGAUGGGUAUGAGGUGAUAAUCAGUGAGGACCCCUCAAUUGCAAAUAUGAUCACUGAUCAAUCACGUAAACUAUCAGACAUCGGCGUUAUGUAUGAAAAAUUGGCUGCAGAUAGAAAAAUCAAGGGCUAAUUCAAAUGACGUGCUCUACAAUAAGAAGCAAUUGGUAUGAACAUAAAUCAGAUGUUGGUAAUGGUUGUGACGUGUAAGUUUAAAGACGUUUGUUUUUUAUCUACAGAAAUCUAGAGAUGUUACUGUGUAAAGAAGCUGUAAUGGACUUUCAGAUAUCUAUAUAUUACAGGAAGAUUUGCUGUGCAA